CUCGCCGCCGCCGCCAUGGCCACGCCGGCCCCGGGCCUCGUCUCGGUGUUCUCCAGCCCGCAGGAGCUGGGCGCGUCGCUCGCGCAGCUGGUGGCGCAGCAGGCCGCGAGCUGCCUGGCGGGGGCCGGCGCCCGCUUCGCGCUCGGGCUGUCGGGCGGCAGCCUCGUGUCCAUGCUGGCCCGCGACCUGCCCGCCGCCGCCGCCGCCGCCGGGCCGGACAGCCUGGCGCGCUGGACGCUGGGCUUCUGCGAUGAGCGCCUGGUGCCCUUCGAGCACGCCGAGAGCACGUACGGCCUGUACCGGGCGCAGCUGCUCCCCAGUCUGCCCAUCCCGGCCAGCCAGGUGCUCACCAUCGACCCCGGGCUGCCCCUGGACGCCGCGGCCGACGACUAUGCCGCGAAGCUGCGACGGGCCCUGCAGGGAGACCCCAUCCCCGUGUUCGACCUGCUGAUCCUGGGCGUGGGCCCCGACGGCCACACCUGCUCGCUCUUCCCGGACCACCCCCUGCUGCAGGAGCGGGACAGGAUCGUGGCGCCCAUCAGCGACUCCCCUAAGCCGCCGCCGCAGCGCGUGACACUCACGCUGCCCGUGCUGAACGCGGCCCGCAGCGUCGUCUUCGUGGCCACCGGGGAAGGCAAGGCCGCCGUGCUGAAGCGCAUCCUGGAGGCCCGCGAGCCGCGCCCCCUGCCGGCCGCCCUGGUGCAGCCCCGCGCCGGCGCGCUCCGCUGGUUCCUGGACGAGGCCGCGGCGCGGCUGCUCACGGUGCCCGUGGAGAAGCACUCCGCGCUGUAGCGGCCGCGCGCCGGGCCGGACCGAACCGAACCACUCCAUCCCCGCGCCGGGCCGGGCCGGACCCCGCAGUAAAGCGCAUCGCCCGGGGCCGCCGCCCUGUCCUGGUCCCUGACGGCUGCGGGCCAUCGGAGGGGGUCCCGGCCAGAGGAGGGGGCGGAUGGACAGACGGACGCCGGGGCCCCGGGCGCGUUAGCCGGGAGCUGGGACUCGGACCCAUGCCCUCGCUUCCGGGCGCCGCCCCCAGUGCCCACCGCGGGGGCGGGGGACCCCUCCCCAUUUCGUCCGCCCUGCAGCUGCCCCCUUCCCCCAGGCCGCCAGGGUCCCCCUCCCCUCUGCCGGGCAGGAGCCGAGGAGCGUGAGGCGGGAAUUGAAACCCAGGGCCGGGGUAGCUCCUAGCAGAAACCACAGCGCGCGGCUUCCUGGGGGUCCCUGGGGGGCGGAGCCAGCGAGGAGCAGCUGGCUGGGCCCAAGGGCGGGGAACGGCAGGGCCCUCCCAGGGGCAGGAAAGCCCUGGCCUCGGGCCGGGGCAGCGCCCCCUCCCCUGCCCUCCGAGUGGUCCGGCUGACCAGUGCUCACCGGCUGCGUGAGAAGAAGAAACAAGAAUCCCACUUGUGUCCUGGCAGCCUGACUGGGACACUGAGUGCCAUCCCUGCGGGGCGACCCCACCCGGGCUCGGCGAAGAACCUGGCAUCGUCCUCACGGACCUGGCCGCCCCCGCCUCACCAAGUGGGCCUACCUCGGGGUCCACCGUGGCUGCUUGUGGUCCAGCCGUUUGUGUGCACAUUCCAGGCUCUGGGGAGUUGCCCUUCCUCCUCCAGAAAGGGUCCCCACGUGACCCCAGGCCAGAGCGGGGUCUUGCCUGGUGCCCCCUCCCCUGGGCCUCGGGGGUCAGCCCCCAGUCAGUCAUUCACUCAACAAACUUGGGGAGGGGGCCUUGGGGAGCUGCUACCCUCCGGGUGCCUGGGUUCAAGUCUCGGCUAAGCCACCUGCAGGCUGGGGCCCUGGAUGGAGGCCGUGGCUGUCGGGGACCCCUGGGGGUGACCCCGCAAACCUCGGUCACUGUCGUUCUGCCUGUCAAAUAAAAUUUGGAAAAGUG